UCGUCCUGAUCGGGGAGUCCGGGGUGGGCAAAACCAACCUCCUCUCCCGCUUCACCCGCAACGAGUUCAACCACGACAGCCGCACCACCAUCGGCGUGGAGUUCUCCACCCGCACCAUCCGCGUGGGGGACACCGCCGUCUUGGUCGUCCUGAUCGGGGAGUCCGGGGUGGGCAAAACCAACCUCCUCUCCCGCUUCACCCGCAACGAGUUCAACCACGACAGCCGCACCACCAUCGGCGUGGAGUUCUCCACCCGCACCAUCCGCGUGGGGGACACCGCCGUCAAGGCUCAAAUUUGGGACACGGCCGGGCUGGAGCGGUACCGCGCCAUCACCUCGGCGUAUUACCGAGGGGCCGUGGGCGCCCUGGUGGUCUUUGAUAUCACCAAGCACCAGACGUACGAGGUGGUGGAGCGCUGGCUGAAGGAGCUGUACGACCACGCCGAGCCCAGCGUCGUUGUGAUGUUGGUGGGCAACAAGACCGACCUGGCGCAGGCGCGGGAGGUGCCCAUGGAGGAGGCCAAAAUGUUGGCGGACAACAAGGGGCUGCUCUUCAUGGAGACCUCGGCGCUGGACUCCACUAACGUCGAGCAGGCGUUCGAGACCAUCCUGAAGGAGAUCUUCCACAAAGUGAAGGCGCAGAAGCAGAGGAGCGGCCAAACCCCCACCACGGUGUCGCUCGCCGAGGGCUCGGACGGCGCGGCCGUGGCGCAGGUGGAGAAGCGCCCGUGCUGCGUGGCCCUCUGA